AUGGCCGCUCUCCGCCGCGCCUGUCUGAGCGGGGCGCUGCUCGCCCUCCUUCUCCUCCAGCUGCCGCGGCUGCCUGCAGCUCACCUCGACGUGGCCGCGCGCCCGGAGCCGAUCCUGGCCAUGGUCGGCGACGACGUGGAGCUGCCCUGCCAGCUGUCCCCGAACGCGAAUGUGAGCGCAGCGGGCGCGGAGCUGCGGUGGCUCCGGGAGCAGGAGUCUCCCGCGGUGCUGGUGCUCCGGGCCGGUCGCCCGCAGGACGCGGAGCAGACGGCCCACUACCGGGGCAGAGCCGCGUCGGUGCAGAACGGCCUGGCCCUCAGGCUCCGCGGGGUCCGGGUCUCGGACGACGGGGAGUACCGGUGCCUCUUCAGGCAGGACGACAGCCACGGAGAGGCCAGCGUGCGCCUGAAGGUGGCCGCCCUGGGCUCUGACCCGCACAUCCACGUGGAAGUUCAAGGGAACGGGGAGGCCCGGCUGGAGUGCACCUCAGUGGGGUGGUUCCCAGAGCCCCAGGCGCGGUGGAGGACCGCCGAGGGACGGGACCUUCCCUCCGCGUCGGAGUCCAGGGACCCCGAUGAAGAAGGCCUCUUCUCUGUGGUGACGUCGGUGAUCGUCAGGGACGCCUCCACAAGGAACGUGUCCUGCUGUAUCCAGAACGUCCUUCUGGGUCAGGAGAAGGAAGCAGAAACCUCCAUCCCAGCUCCCUUCUUCCCAAGACCGACUCCCUGGAUGGUGGCCGUGGCUGUCAUCUUGACGGUGCUAGGAAUCCUUACCACCGGGUCCCUGUUUUUCACCUGGAGACUCUACAAGGAAAGAGGCAGACAGAGGAAGAACGAAUUCAGCUCCACAGAGAAACUCCUGGAAGGGCUCAAGUGGAGAAACGCUGCCCUGCACGCAGUUGACGUGACUCUGGAUCCGGACACCGCCCACCCCCACCUCUUUCUCUACGAGGGUUUCAAGUCAGUCUGGCUGGGAGACGCACGCCAGGAGCUGCCUGAGAAAGCAGAGAGAUUCGACUCCUGGCCUUGCGUGUUGGGUCGGGAGGCCUUCACCUCGGGGAGGCAUUACUGGGAGGUGGAGGUGGGAGACAGGACCGACUGGGCCAUCGGCGUGUGUAGGGAGGAUGUGACGAAGAAGGGAUUUGACCCCAUGACUCCCGAGAAUGGGUUCUGGGCCGUGGAGCUGUACGGCAAUGGGUACUGGGCCCUCACCCCGCUGCGGACCCCCCUGUCCCUGGCAGGACCCCCCCGCCGGGUCGGGAUUUUCCUGGACUACGAAUCCGGAGAUGUCGCCUUCUACAACAUGAUUGACGGGUCCCUUAUCUACACUUUCUCUGGCGUCUCUUUCUCUGGCCCUCUCCGACCCUUCUUCUGCCUGUGGUCCUGUGGCAAAAAGCCGCUGGCCAUCUGUCCGCUCACCGGUGGGCUGGAGGGGGUCACAGUAGUUGCUGAUGCCACGGACCCCUCCAAGGGGAUCCCACGGUCCCCGAUGGGCGAGGAUGCUGCCUCUGGGGACACAGACAUGCUUCACUCUAAACUAAUCUCUACCCAGCCCAGACAAGCGGAACCUUAA